CAUUUCCAUGUACUCAAAUUUUGAAUCUCACCUUGUUUUUCCAUAAUGGAUUACAACUUUCCGACGAGCAACCCGAGCUCAUGUGGUUCAUCCUCCGGCGGCGGCGGAAAGGAGAAGAUGAAAAAGAACAUCAACAACGGCGGAGGGAAGAGGAGCAAGGGGGUUGUGAAGCUCUCAACGGACCCACAAAGCGUGGCGGCGAGAGAACGGCGGCAUAGAAUCAGCGACCGGUUCAAGAUUUUGCAGAGCUUAGUUCCCGGCGGCACUAAAAUGGACACCGUUUCAAUGCUUGAUGAAGCCAUUCAUUAUGUCAAGUUCUUAAAAACCCAGAUUUGGCUUCAUCAAACUAUGAUUAAUUUCGUUGAUUAUGAUCCUUCUUCCGCCACCGCCGCCGCCGCCGCUAAUUCCGGUCUCCCUUUUGACCAAAUUGCCGGCGGCGAGUAUAACAACAAUAUGAAUUUUCUCUGCUCUCAAAACGACGUCGUUAAAAUGGAGGAGCCUAAUUUCUUGCCUCAGCUCGAUCCCAACUAUAAUAAUAAUAAUAAUAAUCUUUAUUUCCCUUCUGAUCAUCAAGACCAAUUCAUCUCCUCUUCUUAUGAUCCUUACAUCAACUUCUAGUUCUUUUUUCUUUUUUCUUUUUUCCUUUUUUUUA